CGCCGUUUGCGUCUCCCACGUCAUUUCCGCUUGCUAGAACCCGGAUGCAGCUGCCAUUGGGGCAAAGAGCAGGGCCACCGAGGCUGGUCGUGUUUUACCGUCACGCUGAGCGGACUGUUAGAGCCGCGGGGUUGAUGCCGACAGGGCAGCGCGGAGCGGCAGCAGCGCUACGAGAAACCGAACCGUCCGCCCCGAGCACAGACACCGGCUGAAGGCUGCUGCUGCUAACGGUGCUAAAGUGUUAGCGAAGUGACGCGGAGCAGCUCCUCCGGUGAUUAGCCGCACACACGGCGGACACACUGAACGUCUUGCCAGGGGCUGAAGCACAAACACCCGGCGGAUGAACGAUGUCUGCCGCUAGUAUCGACCCUCAGACAUCGAAGGGACAAGAUGCGAGCAAAGCCUUCCCAGUUUCAGUGCAGAAUGGCUCCCUCCACCAGAAAGACACGGUCCAUGACAAUGACUUUGAGCCCUAUCUCACCGGCCAGUCCAAUCAGAAUAACAGUUAUCAGUCCAUGACAGACCCUUACCUGUCCAGCUACUAUGCCCCCUCCAUUGGAUUUCCUUACCCUCUCAGUGAAGCUCCUUGGUCCACUGGAGGUGACCCACCAAUUCCCUACCUGACACCCUAUGCACCCCUCAGCAAUGGAGACCAUCACUUCAUGCACGACACAGUGUUUGGGCAGCCGGGUGGGCUCAGCAGCAGUAUUUACCCUCACAGGUUUAACUUUUUCCCAGAGAACCCGGCCUUCUCUGCCUGGGGCACCAGUGGUUCUCAGGGCCAGCAGACUCAGAGCUCAGCCUAUGGAGGGAGUUACAGCUACCCGCCCAGCUCUCUGGGAGGCACCUUAGUCCCUGAUGGGCAGACAGGUUUCCAUAGUGACACCCUGAGCAAGGCUCCAGGUAUGAACAGCCUAGAGCAGGGCAUGCUGGGCCUAAAAAUAGGUGGGGAUGUGACAGGAAGUGGCUCUGGUGUGAAAAGUGCAGGGUCUGUGAUCGGUGGAGGUGGCAGUGUAGCUGCAGCUGUUGCCACGGGCAACGGAGGCACACCAAUCGGAAUGCCCCCUCCGAAACCUACAUCGUGGGCUGCUAUAGCGAGUAAACCUGCCAAGCUGCAGCAACAAAAGGCCAAGAACAAACCUGGCACACCCAUCCCUGGAGGCGCUCUGCCUCCACCCCCCAUCAAACACAGCAUGGACAUUGAUACAUGGGAUAAUAAAGGGACUGCAGCCAAGAUGGUCCCGCCUUUGCCCCCCCACCACCAUCAUCACCACCAUCACCACCACCACCAACAGCAGCACCAGCCACAGCUUCACUCCCAUGCUCCCAGUCUCCUCCCUCCCCUUCAACAAUCCCUACAGUCUGCCCAGUCCCUCGUGCAGCAGAUGACCAUGCAGGGUCCUCCACCUCCGCAGUCUUACCAGAACCACAACUCCGCUCCAACACCUCAAACCCGCUGGAUAGCCCCACGCAACCGCAACUUGUGCUAUGGUGGUGGAAGCUUGGACAGCAGCUGCUCCUCCAACGGAGGCGGUGUUGGUAACGGAGGUGGAGGGGGUGGGGGUUUGCUUCCAGAGCCGGGUUUAGAGUCCCACCCUGUGCUGGAGAAGCUCCGAGCGGCCCACAGCUACAACCCCAAGGAGUUUGACUGGAACCUCAAGAACGGCCGUGUGUUCAUCAUCAAGAGCUACUCCGAGGACGACAUCCACCGCUCCAUCAAGUACUCGAUCUGGUGCAGCACGGAGCACGGCAACAAGCGUUUGGACUCAGCCUUCAGAGCGAUGAACUCUAAAGGUCCCGUCUACUUGUUGUUCAGCGUUAACGGCAGCGGCCAUUUCUGCGGUGUGGCGGAGAUGCGCUCACCUGUGGACUACGGCACCAGCGCUGGCGUUUGGGCGCAGGACAAGUGGAAGGGCAAGUUUGACGUGAACUGGUUGUUUGUUAAGGAUGUGCCUAAUAGCCAGCUGCGUCACAUUCGCCUGGAAAACAAUGACAACAAGCCAGUCACCAACUCACGUGACACUCAAGAGGUUCCUCUGGAGAAAGCGAAGCAGGUGCUCAAGAUUAUUGCCCAGUACAAACACACCACCUCCAUCUUUGAUGACUUUUCCCACUAUGAGAAGAAGCAGGAGGAGGAGGAGGUGGUGAAAAAGGGCUAUGAGCCCGUCCCAAUACAGAGCCGAUCCCGAAUCGAUCAGCAGGGGUAUUUGUCUGAAAUUCUGAAGAAAAUGUAG